ACAUCACAUAUCAGUGUAACACACAACAUUGGAAGGCAGCGCUGAGCUGGAGUAGAGAAACAACACAUCUAACAGAAUUAUAUAAGUAUUCAAAUAUAUUGUCGCCAGUAUAUUACCGAGUUUUGUUAAGUAGUUAAUCAAUGUAGCUAAUGGUGCUUCGAUAGCUAACGUUAACCCUAAACAUUUCUUAGCUAGCAUAAGCUAGUUAGCUCGGAGCUAGCUAAAGUUAUAUUUGUAAAAAAUUGGAAAGUCUGGCAACUACGUUUCUUAUAACCAUGUGACUAGCUACAGUAUUGUUAAAUAUUAAUUGACAAACAAUUUGCAAACUCGACGUUAAAAUAUGUACAUUCAUUCAUCUUCAUUUGAUUUACAAGGCGAGCGAAAAUCUAUGUAUAAACAGUCUGAAAAUAGGUUCUUCAAAUGUGGUGAAAAGACAAGCCCUAUCAGUGUAAUUUUGGUUACUUCGGGUAGCCGAGGGAACAAAUUGCUCUUUAGGUACCCAUUUCAACAGGUUUCAGAUUGCACAUCAUCACUCACGACAAAACAGCGAAGUCCAUAUGCAUUGAACACUACAGGAGAUGUUCUUGAAGACCCAGAUGGAGAUUCAAGAGAACAAACUCCGUUAACUGAUGAACAGUUGGUAGCAGGGUUCUCUGACAUUAUCCUCGCCACUAUCUUGGCCACCAAGUCUGAUAUGUGUGGGAAGAAGUUUGAGCUGAAGAUAGACAAUGUGCGUUUCGUUGGGCACCCCACCCUCCUCCAGCAUCCUCACACCAUUCAGGUGUCCAAGACAGACCCCUCACCUAAGAGGGAGAUGCCCACCAUGAUCCUGUUCAGUGUUGUGUUUGCUCUGAGGGCCAACGCCGACCCGUCAGUCAUCAGCUGCAUGCACAACCUGUCCCGGCGUAUCGCCAUCGCCCUGCAGCACGAGGAGCGCCGCUGCCAGUACCUCACCAGAGAGGCCAAGCUGAUGCUGGCCGUGCAGGACGAGGUCACCAACAUGACCGAGACUGAUGGUAGCCCUCAGUCACCAUUCAGACAAAUCCUUCCUAAAUGCAAGCUUGCCAGGGACUUGAAGGAGGCAUAUGACAGCCUGUGUACAACAGGGGUGGUGAGGCUCCAUAUCAACAACUGGCUGGAGGUGAGCUUCUGUUUACCUCACAAGAUCCACCGGGUAGGGGGCAACCACAUACCCCCAGAGGCUCUGGAGCGUAGCCUCAAGGCCAUAAGGCCGUAUCAUGCUCUGCUGUUGCUGGACAGUGAGAAGGCUCUGCUGGCCCAGCUGCCUUUGGACUGCUCUCCUGCUCUGGUGCGCCUCAUUAAGACCUGCUCUGCAGUCAAGAACCUGCAGCAGCUGGCACAGGAUGCAGACCUGAACCUGCUACAGAUCUUCCAGAUUGCUGCUCACCUGGUGUACUGGGGAAAAGCCAUCAUAGUGUACCCUCUGUGUGAGAACAAUGUCUACAUGCUGUCCCCACACGCCAACAUCAGCCUGUACUCUCCAUUGGCUGAGGCGUUUGGCCAGCAGUUCCCAGGUCAUGACCUGCCUUCCAUGCUGGCUAAGUUCUCCCUGCCGCUCUCACUGUCUGAGUUUAGGAACCCACUGGAUGCAUCUGUGCAAGAGGCCCAGCUGAUCCAGAUGGUGGUGUGGAUGCUCCAGCGGCGCCUGCUGAUCCAGCUCCAUACCUACGUGUGUCUGCUGGUGCCCCCCAGUGAGGAGGAGUCAGGUCUGCUGCGGGACGAGGAGCUCCCUCUGGUGGCCCGGGUGGGGGGCCGCAGCCUCAGCACGCCCAGCGCACUCAGCUUCGGAUCCCCAACCAGCAGUGAUGACAUGACCCUGACCAGUCCCAGUAUGGAUAACUCCAGUGCAGAACUGCUUCCUGGUGGAGACUCUCCACUAAACAGGAGGAUGACCGAGACGUUACUGGCCAGCCUGACAGAGCACGAGCGUCAGGUCAUCCUCAACAUCCCGGCUGCACAGAGCCCUGAAGACCUGCGCAUGUUUGCCAGGCUGCUGCACUACUUCCGAGGGCACCAUCACCUGGAGGAGAUCAUGUAUAAUGAAAACAUGAGGCGCUCUCAGCUAAAGACCCUCUUUGACAAAUUCAGAAGUGUUCUGGUGGUCACCAACCAUGAGGAUCCUGUCAUCUCCCUCUUCCAGUCUCCUCUGGAGUAGAGGUCUGUCAUCUCACUCUUCCAGUCUCAUCUGGAGUAGAGAAGUCUGUCAUCUCCCUCUUCCACUCUCCUCUGGAGUAGAGGUCUGUCAUCUCCCUCUUUGACUCUCCUCUGGAGUAGAGAGGUCUGUCAUCUCCCUCUUCCACUCUCCUCUGGAGUAGAGGUCUGUCAUCUCCCUCUUCCACUCUCCUCUGGAGUAGAGAGGUCUGUCAUCUCCCUCUUCCACUCUCCUCUGGAGUAGAGGUCUGUCAUCUCCCUCUUCCACUCUCCUCUGGAGUAGAGGUCUGUCAUCUCCCUCUUCCACUCUCCUCUGGAGUAGAGGUCUGUCAUCUCCCUCUUCCACUCUCCUCUGGAGUAGAGGUCUGUCAUCUCCCUCUUCCACUCUCCUCUGGAGUAGAGGUCUGUUAUCUCCCUCUUCCACUCUCCUCUGGAGUAGAGGUCUGUCAUCUCCCUCUUCCACUCUCCUCUGGAGUGGAGGUCUGUCAUGAGAUGAAGGACCCUUUCUGAAAUACCAGACAGACAGAAUGAUACAGACUGCUGCUGUACAAAGGCCUUAUUAUGGUGCUUGCUGCUUUCAGCCAACUGGAUAAUAUUGCAAUUUGAGGUAACUAAUAUACUGUACUCAUCUAUCAAUGCACCAGAAAAAUAUACUGAUUUAAAAAAGCAUAACUGUCUGCUCUGCUUGGGGGAAUGUGAGUAAAUGUAUGUAGCUUUUAGAUGAUUUAAUUUGUCCCUUUGUCUCUUAGAUGUUUUACAUUCAAUGCCUUGUUUUCAAUACUACGUGAUUGAAUAACAGUGUGUGAAGAGCUUUAGUGACACCUAUAAAUUGGGCAGUUUAAACAUUGUACUCCACUUGAGCCUUUCCAUUUGGGGGAUUCCCAAAAGUGAUAAAUCAUCUCCAACAAACACAAUGUAGGAAAACAACCCCAAUGCUCAUUCCAGGCUGCAGGCAAGGAUGUCUCCCCCAGGGGUCUCAGUGGGAGGGAAAGAAUGAAAAGAUGCUAAACAUCAGACAUGCUGUUUCUGCUUUGAGAGAAGGAGCACGACGUUCCAAACAUCUGUGAAAUCAAUGAUUACAAAAUAACUUUUCAAGCAAGGACUUUUAUUAAAAAACAGGUGGAAGAUUGAGAAUGACUGGAAUGGAAAUUCUAGUUGCUUUGACAGCAGGGAGGGGAGGCUAGAUCAAAUAUUUUACAGAUGUUUGGAAUGUAGUUUAAUCAUUUGUAGCAUACAAAUAUGGCAUAUUCCAUAUCUGUGGGAUUUGUGUUUGUGCAACAAUGUGUGUAUCUAUUGAGUCUGGAUUCCCCUCGGAGCAAACAUUUUUGGCUUUGGGUCUUUUGCAAUGAUUUUCCUAUAGUUAGACCAAAUUACUGAAAUAGCUCAUAGCUGACAAGUUUUCACUUGCUCUAGCAUUGUCUGUAAAAAGCUGGUUAUAGUUAAGAAAAAAGGUUAUGUACUCAUCAUGGUUUGAUACAAUUCCCCAAAUAUUCCCAAUUUCAACUCUCUGUCUCUGCCUGUUUGUCCACUACACUCACACAGUGGUGACCACGCAGAUAGAAGCGCAGGGGUUUGGUGGCCCAUUCCCCAUGAGAGUCAAUGCCGAUCCGGCUUGCUGAGACCACCUCCCUGACGCCUGGCUCUUGCGGUCCUAUCUGGGGGUCCCUCUCUAGCCACACCUCUGGCUCUGAGGCUAGGUCUCUCCGGUCGAAGCAGCGUGGUAUGUCCAGGGCUUGGCACAGCUUUGAGGGACCAUUGCAUAGCUCCUUGUCCUUCAGGGGCCGGGCCCCCUCUCUCCGCCUGGCUGUCCGCAGCUGCCUCAUUAGAGGCAAGCCAUGUAGAGGCUCCAGAGCCCGCAGAAGCACGGCAGCACCCUCCCCUAGAGAGAACACACACAGGGAACGAUAGAGUAGAGCCAUACUGUCUCCUUCCUUUGCCCUUUUUCUCCAGUGUGAAUGAAUGGAUAAUAACAUGGUGCAACAUAUAAUAUGUCUUCAAUAAUGAGAAACAGUUGAAAAAAAGAGAACUAUGGCCUAAUGAAAGUAACAUGGGAGAGCCUGGGAGAUGCAACACUACUUAGUCUCUAAUGAGGUGAUUUUCCUACAGAUAAGGCCAACACACUGAACUUUACUGCGUGUGGUUUUAAUGGCAGUUUGGUUUAUUACUGGUGGUUUGUUCCACUGCCUUCAGGGUAAGCCUGGCUGUUGUACUGUUUUGUUGUAUGGUCUUACCUUGACUGGAAACAUUCAUGCAGAGGUAGAUGCCGUAGAUGGGGUACACAUAGAUGGUGCCGGGUUUCAUAAACAUCGCUGUGUUCCUCUCAGUGCAUUUUCCCCCAGCAGAGUGAGAGGCCUUGUCCUCUCCUCCCAGGUAGGCCUCAGUCUCCACCACCCUCCCUCUCAGCUCAGUGCCAUCCGCACUCCGACGCACCAAUACCUUGCAGCACAAACAAGGGAUGGCCUAAAUAAAGACUUUCCUUCA